AUGAAUGCCAGUAAGGUCCUAAAGCGAGAGCUAAUGCAUGUCCACGAGCUCCAGGGUGCAUUGUGGAUGUUCCACAUUGCUGGUGUAGGACUUUGCAUGACAGGUUCUGCUUACAUUUUGGACCUGGCAAUUCGUGUGGUGCCAAGCUUCAGUGAUCCCAACAGCACUCUGUUCAUCCUUGAGACUCGUGGCGUUUUUAUGCUCAACGGGAUCACUGGCAUGUUCAUUGGACACAGUAUUAUGCUUGGAUUUGACACAGUCUUUGAUACUCUCUUGUACUGCUAUGCCAUUCAGUUGAAGCGUGAGAAGGAGGCAUUGGUUGAGCUUGAGGACAGAAGAAGCACCGGGCGUGAGCACCAUUUGCUCUGGUUCAUUCCUCCAGAGAGUGAGGAGGAAUCCAACCCGGAUGAGAACAAUUUCCUUCCUCGAAGGAUGAAGGAUGUUUGCCAGUCCUACACGAGCUCAGCUGCCCAAGGAAAUCUCAGCUGA